AUGUCUCCACUGGAUGCCCAACCGAAAGACAAGCGGCCGGCCCCCGAGGCGACAGAUCACCCAUAUACUACAAAAAACGCUGAAACGGGGACGCAGGAACAAAAUUCAAGUCAGCAUCGACCAGAGCUCUUACCGUGGAAAUGGCGUGGAAGUCUGUUCGCCAUACUGCUGACGUGUUUAAUUCAUGGCUACGACGUUAGUAAUGUCGCCAAUAUCCAGCCGCACCUCUACGAAGCGUUCGGAGACAUCGAACUGCUACCCUGGAUUGCUCUUUCCUACACGUUAUCGGUCUUCGCUGUCCUCUCCCUCUCUCGCAAGGUUACGUACUGCUUCGACCUGCGUUCCAUCUACAUUGCAUCUAUCGUGAUCUUUCUGGCGGGUGCUGCUGUUGGCGGAUCCGCUUCCAGCAUCUCAGCUGUUAUCGUCGGGCGGGUCAUUAUGGGUGUUGGCGGUGCUAUUGUAUACCAAACAAACCUCACAUUCAUAUCCGUCUUCGCAAGCCCAGCCCAGAACCAACGCCUAAUUGGUGCCCUGAGCGGAGCAUGGGCUGCUGGUCUAAUCGUCGGCGGACCGAUCGGUGCUGCGCUUGCUGAGAAUCCAGAUACAACAUGGCGCUGGGCGUUCUAUCUCAACCUGCCAUGGAUGGGCUUAGCACUAGCUAUCACUGUCUUCUGUUUUCCUCCAACAUAUCUAGGUCCCAGCAUCCCCUUGACAUCUCGAAUCCUCCAAGUCGACCCGCUGGGCAUCGCAUUCAACAUGGCAACCCCAGUCCUAUUCUCCAUCGUCCUAGUUUUCUCAGGUCCCAUCUGGGCCUGGGACAGUGGCCCCUCGAUAGCGAUAUGGGUCCUCUUUGGUGUUGUACUCUGCACCUGGAUCCUUCAACAGUAUCUGUGUAUCCUCACAACACCCUCGCAACGUGCGAUCCCCGUCCACCUCCUCCCGCGCCUCGACCUAAUUCCGCUCUGGAUAUCCUCCGGCUGCGCGGCUGUAGCAUACGCCAUCCCGCUGUACUACAUCCCGCUCUUCUUCGCUUUCGCGCGGGGGCACGAUGCGAUACAGCAGACGAUCCGUACACUCCCGUUCAUCCUCACAUUCAUCACGACCGUGGUCAUCGUCGCCGGCGUCCUCCCAAUGGUCGGUCGACGGUAUAACCUGUUCUACAUCUUCGCCGGCACACUGAUAACAUCCGGGUCUGCGGCGCUCGCAACAACACUUUCCCGCUCAACGCCCGAUUCACACAUCCUCGGGUUCUCAGCCCUAAUCGGAAUCGGUCUUGGCUUCUCGUUCCAGCACGGGAUCGGGAUCUCGAAUACCCUCAAUGCAAACGUCAAAGACCGCGUCGAUAGCGCGACACUACUCCUCCUCGCGCAAAUGGGGGCGAUCGCAAUUAGUCUCUCGAUAGGCGGGUGUAUACUCUCAAAUGUCGGUGAGGCGAGGUUGGCUUCUGCACUUGAGGGCGUGGGCUUGUCGCGCGAGGAGAUCCGGCAGGCGCUUGCGGGGGCGGCGUCGGUGUUAAGAGAGAGGCUGGUCCGUGAAGGCGAGGAGGAGGUUUUUGGAAGGGCCGUGGAAGCUGUUGCGGGGGUGCUGGCGUUGGAGUUUUGGCUUGUUGUUGCGGCGGGAGGGGUUUGUGUGCUUUGUGGGGUUGCGAUGGGGCUGGAGAGGCGUAGGGUUCCAGGUGUCAAGGUCGGUGCUACCUGA